AUGUUUAUUAUUAGGGAAACAAAACAUUUGUUAAUCAAUAAAUCUGUAAUUCUUGGCACAAGGUGGUCUUCAAACACAUUUCUGUUCCAGUCUUUUUCUGAUGUAUUUAACGGGACUCUGACUCUGAAACCGUAUUACAAGGACCAUGUUCCAAAACUUUCAUUCUUCCUCGAGAAAUUUCACCCAAAGAGCUACCCAGAUGACAAGUUACUGGAAGAUUUGUGGGUAACAGCGUUUGAAUGCUUGUCUCCAGAUCCCUAUAAAAACCAGUAUUAUGAAAUUCAUUUGGGGCUCUCGCUUCAUAACUGUACUGGGAGAGAACGCUUGAAAGACAUUGUUAGCUUUAUCAACAACGGGGAUGCUUCUCAAGUGAAUAAUGCGGUGCUUGUGAUGGCCAAAGCCCUACACAAUAUGUACAUAUUUCAAGAAAAAGAAGUUUAUGGAAAUAAAAUCAAAAUAACUAAUUACAAACAUCAGUUGCACCAUUACAUAAGAAAUCUGAAAGCUGAGGACCAAUCCUCUCAUCUAUAUUUUGAUGAAAAUGGAGAGCAUGUUACCCCACACAUAAUUCGGAACUGGGUUGGAAAUAAGGAAGAAGUUAAAUCCUUUGAUGUGGUCGGUGUCUUUGAUCCGUGGGCUCUGGCUGAUCAGCAGCUUAACAUCAAACCCGGUCUAAUAACCUGGAAGAACGAGGCCAACCAGAUUCCAAAAUCUCAGUGUUCAGAAAAUUGUUUGCCGGGUUACAGGAAAGCCCCGGGUUCUGGGAUCCAUUCCUGCUGCUAUGACUGCGUCCUGUGCUCAGAGGGAGAAAUCUCCUAUAUGACCGACAGCGAGAACUGCAUAAAAUGCGCACAUAAUGAAUGGCCCAAUGAGAAGAAGGAUCUAUGUGUUCCCAAAAUGGAAGAGUUUUUGUCCUAUGAUGAUGCUGUUGCUAUAGCAUUUACAUCAAUCUCAAUUUUAUUUUGUCUUCUAACUGUUACAGUAUCAGGGAUUUUUGUUUCAUAUAAAAAUACCCCAAUAAUAAAAGCCAAUAACUGGAGCCUCAGCCUGAUCCUCCUGGUCUCCAUCAUGAUGAGCUUCCUUUGUGUCUUUCUGUUCUUUGGUCGUCCUUUGGAUAUAACCUGCAUACUGCGCCAAACUGUCUUUGGAGUUGCCUUCUCAUUAGCCGAGUCUUCUGUGCUGGCCAAGACUAUCGUGAUUUUUGUUGCUUUUAAAGCUACUAAACCUGGCAGUGUCUGGAGAAAAUGUCUCGGAAUCAAACUGUCUGCUUCUGUUGUCUUGUUUGGCUCAUUUGUCCAAGUCAUAAUUAUUAUUUUUUGGUUGUCCAUUUCCCCCCCAUUCCAGGAGCUGGACAUGCACUCUUAUCAGGGAAAGAUCAUCGUUCAGUGUAAUGAGGGCUCGGUUAUUGCAUUCUACUGGGUCCUGGGUUAUAUGGGGCUUCUGGCAGCCGUUAGUUUUAUUAUAGCUUUUUUAGCCAGGACAUUACCGGACAGUUUUAAUGAGGCCAAGUACAUCACCUUCAGCAUGCUGGUGUUCUGCAGCGUUUGGAUUGCGAUGAUCCCGGCCUAUCUGAGCACCAAAGGGAAGAACAUGGUGGCCGUGGAGAUUUUUGCCAUACUGGCUUCAAGUGCUGGACUUUUAGGAUGUAUAUUUAUUCCAAAAUGUUAUAUAAUUAUAUUUAGACCCGAAAAUAACUCAAAAACACAAUUGUUUUGUAGCAGAAAUAACAAUCUGUAGAUAUAAUAAAGGUUAACACAGUUAUGAAAUUUAAGUCUUAACCCCUUCAGGUCCGGGACAUACCUGGUACUUCCUGGUUACCAGUCACCGGUAGACCGGGACGUACCAGGUACUUGUGGGGACUAAAUAUCAGUCAAUGCUGUGCUUCAAUGGAGCAUCAGCUUUGAAAGAGUUAAAAAAAAUGUAAAAAAUAAUUUAAAAAAAACAAAACAAAUUUAAAAAAUAAAUAAAUUUAAAAAAUUAAUAAAAUAAUAAUAAAAAAAAAUAACAGCACUGACCUGAAAGUCCAGGGUGCUUCCAGGUCAAAUGCUGGGCUGGGCUGAUCAGAUCGCUCCUGGCCAAUAGGAGUGAUUGGAUCAUUAUGGCAGCCCACGGAUGACCCUGCUCUACAAAGAGAGAGGGGUCAUCUAGGGUAAUUAUGAAAAAACACAAAUUAUUAAUAAAUGAAAAAAUCAUAAUUAUUACCUGAUCACUUGUCGGUGACAUUUUAAGUCGCUGAUUAUUGAUCGGUCUCCCUGAUUGAUGUCACUUAC